GUUGAGGGGCUCCAGGCAGUUCUCACAAUGCAGAGGAAACUGAUUUAUAAGUUUCCUCUUUGGUUUGUAAAGCCUGUUUUGGGACCUGUAGCCUGGAGAUUUCUUAGAGAUUUGGGAGGGAUGAAAUCUCCAAUCCUGGGCCCAUAUUUUGGGAGCAGCCAGCGUGCUGAUUGCACAGGUGUGUGCAGGCCUUUUAGUGGAGGCCAGGCCAUGAUUCUGGGCUCCACCCCGGCAGCUAGGAGUCAGGAGGGCUCCAUGUGGAAGACAGGAGUCAGACAGGAGUCAGGUGGGCUUCACCUA